UUGCUAACUAGCCACCAAGACUUGACUGUGUUUUUGUUCUGUGUUUCAUGCCCAUACUGUCAUACUUAUUCUUUCACUUUCUUUUCAAUGCUUUCCAGAGCUGCUUUGCUCAAAAUGUUUUCUCCUUAUGGAAAGAUAAUUUCUGAGGACUUCUUAUGGCACACACGUGGCCCAAAACGCGGGGAGCCACGCGGCUUUGCUUUCAUCCAGUAUAGCACAAAAGAGGAAGCCGAAUUAGCCAAGGAGAAAAUGCAUGGGAGGUUUGCCUGUGGCCGGCCGCUGGUUGUUCGUCUUGCCGGCGAGAAGUGCUUGCUGGAAACAGCUGAUAAGUCUACAAAAGCAGCAAGUGAAGGGCACAAGAUGCUUCUCAUUGGUGGUGGGGGUGCCAUGGGACAGACAAGUCGUACUGCAAAAAUAGCUGCUAUAAAAAAUAAAUUGAAAUCCUUAGAGGAGGAGAGUUCUAGGACCAAGAGACAGAAGCAAAGUGACAAUAUAUAUUGAGUCAGAUUCUGUAAGUAUAUAAUGAAGAGAUUAUUUCAUAAAUUUUAAAUUCACAUAGUUCAGUUUGUUUUUUAGGCCACAAGGCAGAUUGUGACUACAGAAACUAAUUUUCCAUUUGAAAUUAUCUAAAUUGAUAUUUAA